GACCUAAUCACAGGAUAACUAAAAAGGAGGGCAAAGAGGGAGAUUGCCAUGAGAAAAUAAAAUGCAAAUCAUCAUGGGACAUUAUUUUUUUUUUUAAAUACAGAUGUUGCCUUGUGAAACCAUUUUUGAUUUAUGUAUGUCACUGUGCAUUGCAGUGAUGAUACACACAGACCAUUUCAAACUGAAAAUGUUACAGUUCUGGCAGUGCUAAUGGAUUAUACGCAGCAGAACAGACCUCUGGGGGAUUGUUGUGAUGUGACAUUUGGUUAGCUGUACUCCUUCCUCCCCUCCACCAGACUGUCACAUCUAAAACAUGUUAAAUGGUUUUGUGUUUGUGAGGUCGGAUUUUCCAGCUCUGUAAAUUCCAGAUCUUGAGUCAUCUACUAAUUCUGAGCCUAAUUGUCAAAGGGCUAGCUAUAGAUUUGCCAUAGAGAUGGAUUAGAUCAAGUUCUACAAAAGAAAACAAACACCAAUACUGAAUGGAUUUGUAUUGCACUGUAGCAUGUGACCAUCUACAGAGCUCAUUACAUUACAAUAGUAAAGUGGGCCCUGGCACAGCAUUCCUAUUUGCAGCUUUCUUCUCUUUCAUUAGGCUUGGAAACAUAACAUUUAAAGUAGCACUUCCAUCAGCAUCCUCUAAUCAUUUGGGCCCAAGUAUAACUGCAACAGGCAUGGAUGCUAUAUUUCCAGGACUGCAAUAGAAUUGAGUUUUUAUCAUUCAAUUAAGCAACGACAGGCAGACAAACACUGCCCUUUUUCAGGGACUUAACCCGGUCCUCACCUCAGCAUCUUCGGGUUUUUGUUACGACUCGCUGAAAUUGAGGUCUUAACUGAGCUAAGAAUUCACUUGUAAAAUCCUCCAUUUUACAAAAGGCUUAACUGAACAAACUGUUAAUUGUCUUCUGUUAAACUCAGAAGUAUCCAACACUGCUCCCAUAGGGGCAAGAAUGGGAAACCCUGACCGAGGCACUGAUCCAUAAAGCACAUGCUAAACAAGCAUUGGAUAUACAACAGUGGGUUUCCCAUGCCCAUCGUACUCUACACAUCACAGCAGCCUGUCCAUCUUGAGCCUGAACAUCAAUCACAGAACAGAUGUUCACAGGCACUCUUCCAGGGACUGAAUGCACUCGUUCAAGGACAGGUGGUGUUGCACUUACGCUGUCCACCAAGAGUGAUUUAAGUCCCCAGAGGCAAACUUGGGGACUUAGUGCAAAUCUGAGUCACAUCUUUCUAAAGAUCCUAAAGAUUAGGUGACAGAGGAGGUUUAACACUGUCCUAAGGUGGGAAAAAAAAGCUGUAACCCAGAGGGCUCAAGUGGAAACUACUGGGAGGUGUGCUGAAAGAUGAUGACACACAAAGGGCUGUGGGAGUAUGGAAUGAGCUACUGGGCCAAUUUUCUUAAAGCAGACAAGGAGCAGAUGGAUGAGUUUCUUGGAUCAAUAAGAUACUAGAAGCCUAAAGACAUAAAUUGGCUAACUUUUUAGCAUAGCGUUAAGUAAAUAUUAAACAAAUGUCAAAAGCUCUUAGCUAUCAUUUAGAUUUCAUCAGACUAGGCCAAUAAUUAUUUUAUAUGACUUUGAUCCAAUCCUUCAAUAAGUUACCUGACUGCUGGAAAUCAAUUUAAUAAUUCAGGAAUAACUUUAACCAAGCCUCAUGGUUUAGAGCAGUGGAAGACAUGGAGUUACCUGCCUCUCCAGCCCCCAGUACUACCUCCAGGUCAAGGGGUGUCAGUAAAUGCAAGUGAACAGACUCCUGGAUUGGCAACAGUGAGUCUAGAGAGACUGGUGAUCACUUGCUUCUUUAAAAGGCAUUUAAACAGAUGUGGAUGAACAUUUGUACACCCCAAAUACUCAAAACUUUAUUUUUACAAUCUUAUGGUUACCACUUAAUAGAGAAGUAGGGCUUUUGCUCAGUUCCCAAGAUUUGGGAACAUACAGUACAUGUUUAUGAGCCAAGAGCUGAUGAGUAAAUAUUUGAAUUGAAUGUUAUAACAUUAAGCGUGAAUUAGAAAGGAAAACCUAAUAUCCUUAAAAAUAGAAAAAUAUUUCAUGCAAUUCACAUCACUCCUCACAGUGUCAAAAGUUCACAUGACUGCUCUCAAGCUAGCUGAAAAACUGAAGUAUGGGUUCUGAAAGUUUAUUUUUUCCCAUCAAUAGUUCUUUUGCCACCACAUUUUGGUAAAAAAACGUUAUCCGUGGAAAGUAAAGCAUUUUGUAUAGAAAGAGCAGGAGAUCGUGCCUGCAAAACGCCUGAUCUGCUCUGAUCUCUUGAUGAUGAUUUUCCUCAAUUGACCGUGAAUUUAAGAAUUCCCCCAGAUCCACAGAAACACUUGCAGUUAUUUUCCAGCGAGCAGAAAGGAUUGUUUAUUCCUCUCCCCACCCCACCCCCCUCCACAGGAACUGUCUUAAAGGAUAAAGCACUUUUCCCCAAGACUCACACUGCACACUGUGGAGUGACAGAGACUGAGAGAGGGAAGCAGUCAGACGGGGACAGGAGGGCAAAACGAGUUGUGCCACCAGGUCUUCUCUUGUACACCUCCAGGAAAAGAAAAGGCUGUGCUGGAGCCAUGAUAUGGCUGUACGGGCUAGCUGCGGUGAUAGCGCUGUGGGCGCUGGUGUGGCUGUGGCGGGACAGCCUGGUCAUCAGCGGGAUACCAGAGAAGUACGUCUUCGUGACUGGCUGUGACUCGGGCUUCGGGAACCUGCUGUGCAAGAGGCUGGACCGGCGGGGCUUCCACGUGCUGGCGGGCUGCCUGACGCAGAAGGGGGCGGAUGACCUGCAGCGCUCCACAGGGCCCAAACUCAAAACCAUCCUCCUGGACGUCACCGACAGCGCCAGCGUGCAGAAGGCCGUGGAGUGGGUGAAGGGAGAGGUCGGGGACAGAGGAUUGUGGGGCCUGGUCAACAACGCAGGACGCUCGGUGCCCAUGGGACCUACAGAGUGGAUGAAGAUGGAGGACUUCCACAGCACCCUGCGAGUCAACAUGAUGGGCGUCAUCGAGACCACGCUGGCCUUCCUGACCCUGCUGAAGCGUGGCCGCGGGCGGGUGGUCAACGUGGCUUCGGUGCUGGGGAGAGUGGCUGCCAAUGGGGGCGGCUACUGCAUCUCCAAAUUCGGCGUGGAAUCCUUCUCUGACUGCCUCAGGAGGGAUAUCCACUACUUUGGGAUCAAGGUGAGCAUCAUCGAGCCAGGCUUCUUCAAGACGCAGGUGACCAGUUUGGAGCCGAUUGAGAGGGAACUGCACAGGCUGUGGAACCAGCUCAGCCCGGAGGUGCGCGACAGCUACGGAGAGAAGUACUUCGAGAAGUAUAUCAAGAUCCAGCGUUUCAUCAUGAACACGUUCUGCGAUCCGGAUCUCAGCAAAGUAACCAACUGCAUGGAGCAUGCGCUGACUGCCCGGUACCCCCGCACCCGCUACAGUGCUGGCUGGGAUGCCAAGGUGGCCUGGAUCCCCUUCUCCUAUGCCCCUGCCUGCGUCAUUGACAGCAUGCUCAACAUGGUGCUGCCCCGUCCCGUGCACAGCGUCUCCUAGGGACUCAAUGGACUAACGACACUCCACCCACGCAAGCGGAGCCUUCUUGCAAAAGGCUGUUCAAGAAAUAAGCCCUGAAAAUUGAUUCUGCCUUGACGGGACACAGGCAAGCCCCAAUCAUUUAAGGAUAUUGUUCUCUCUGCCCACACACUCAGUGCCAUGCUACACAAAGGUCAGGUCCUUCUGGUGUACCAAAGAAGAAGCAACCAUCUUCUUUGCUUCAUAUAGCACAUUUUUCCUGAUUUUGUUUUAUUAACUAACAAUCCAUUCAGGGUCUGGUGCUAUUUUUAUUGAUUGUAGUAUGUGGUGAAUAGCUGAUUUCCCCCCUCUACUAACAAACUUGCUCUCCAGACUCUAAGCCUUACGUAUAUUGAAAAAAUGACCAGCAUGGGAAUGUCCCUCUUGGCUGGGCAGAAUAGGACGAUUGCAUGACUUUAUAUUGACGCACAAUGGCCAUGACAGAUACAAAGAAUGCAUCUGACUUUCCAGUGUGAUGCAAGACUGUCACCUGCAACGCUCAUUAUUUAAAACACUAAUAUUACUGUAGAUGCCAAAGUAGUUAGAUGUCUUAUGAUGGAGAUGAAUCUUGGGCUGGCAAUGUCAUUAUGCAAAAAUCAUCAAAUGGAUAUUUUUUGUGUCAGUUUGAAAUUCUGUUUCAGGGCCACGUUCUUUGAGUCCUAUCAUGGCAGAACCAGAGGCCUUUCUGAGGAUGUUUUUCAGGGUUAGGUGGUGCUCUUUAGGGUAAAGAUCACCCUAAUGCAGAGAGAAGAACAUAAGAGAGGUUACAGGCCAGAGGAUUCGGCCCAUCUAGUCCAUGUGUGAGCUAGUGGCCACAGUAAUUGAUCCGUGGAUCUCAUCCACCCAUGUCUUGAAAGAAGCCAGGGGAUCGGCUUUCAACAUCAUGGCUGGGUAACUUGAUCCAGACUCCCACAACCUUUUCCAUAAAUAAGUGCCUCUUGAUUUCAGUAAAUGCACUUCCCUGUAGUUUCCACUUGUGUCCUCUGGCUCUUGUUUCCCUGUUCAUUCUGAAGAGGUCCAGUGUGCUGAUUUUGUGAGUGCCUUUCAGGAUACUGGAUUCUGGAGUGUUUCAAGUCUACUUGUAUUGUCAAUUUCCUUGUCAAACUAAUUAGAUCCUUAGCUAGACCAACAUUUUUACAUUUGGAAAUGGAGGGGUUGAACUAUGGACUCCCCUAAGACCCUAGUAGCAUUCCCAAUUAAAAAACAGGAACAGAGAGUUAGGAGUCAAGAGGGCCCUACUGUAUAUACUGAAGUUCACUGGGUGACCACACAUGGGAAAUGAUGCCCCAGCUCUGUAACUUGAAUAAAAUGUGCCUUACAUAAGGAAGUAAGGAGAUCGGGACAUAGUUCAGGCAGCACAUACUGUAUCUCCCCUGGAAGCUAGCUGGUCACAAUUCAUGCAACCAGUGCAGGUUAUUAAACUACCUGCCUCAUACACUGACAGCAGCAGCACGUUUGAAAUGACAAUUUUAUGCAUUUCGUCUGAGGUUCAGGAAUGAGCUCUGAAAUGCUGUUUUGAGGCCCUGCUGAAACCCACUGUGACUUGUUACUCAACCAAACACAUUGCGUUUAAUGUUUCUCAUGUAGGUUCAUUAGUAUUGAGGAAAUGUAUAGUAAAGUGAAUGUAAUUCACAAAGUCUUGUUUCAUUCAAUUCCCAUUCCUACAUUUUCAAAACAUAACUAUGCUGAAAACAUGCAAGUCCCACAACAUUCAAAGUCAAAGCACUUUCAUUAUAUUUUCUUCUGAAAUAAUUAUUCAAAAUGUACUCAAAGGUGUAGCAACAAACUUGCCAGUUUAUGCCAUGACAUCUGUGCUGACAACAGUAAUACAUCAAUUCUGUAUAUGGGUAUAAAUAAAAUAAUCUCUUUGCAUAAAA